AUGGGGCCAGCCCACCAACAGCUCGUUCUCCUCGCCGCGGUGGCGCUGCUGUCCGCCGGCCUCCUCCCUCAGGCGUUGGCGAAGGGGAAGGGACGCCGCGGCCCCGUCCACCCGCAGGUUGAAGCCAUCUGCGCGCGCACCCCAUUCCAGGAGGUGUGCAAGUCCACAGCCGGGCGGCAUGCGUCUAAGUACACGGUGAUCGACAACCUGGCCGUGCUCAAUAUGCAGGUGGACGCGUUCGCCAAGCGAACGAAGCAGGCGCGCAAUAACGUCAUUAAGACUUCCCGCACUAUCCUGCCAGCACAGCAGCAGGAUCUUAAGUUGUGCGACGACAUGUACAAGCACACCCUAGAUACCAUCGGUGCGGCGCAGCGGGCCAUCUCGUUCAAGGACAAGAACACCACGAAGAUCAUGCUGCAGCUCGCCGUUCAGGACUUCGAGUCGUGCAACCGGCCGUUCCAGCAGGCCGGGCUCCCCAACCCCUUGGAGAAGUUCAACACGGAACUCAGCCACAUGGCCAACAACUGCAUGGCACUUGCCAACAUGAUCUGA